AAAAAUGGGACAAAAAAGUGUGUCGCCCGAAAAUAUGAAAUUAAAAUGAUAGUACACCGCUCCGACCACCACUAACAACCCACACACGGACCGGUGCCACAGCUGACAAACCACUGGGCCACAUUGAUUGUCGGGAAUUGUUUCAGUAUCCCGCGUGUGGCUGCUACGGAACCAUACAGUGGCUGCCGCCGAUGUGUGAAGUUGAGAAAGAGUUUUUGUGUUUUGCCAGCAAAGAAAGUGGACAACAACGAAAAAAGGGGCUAAGGACGGAUAAAAGGGUGUGCACAUAAGCAGCGCCGCCACACCACCGCACUGCACGGCUAGUUGCUGACUGGCUGGAAAAUUGGCGUUAACGUAACGAACAGUGGCAGCGGAACCCGCCUCCUCGACGCAGGACAGAAAUCCCAAAGCACAUAAUCAUGUUUUUUAAUCUUCACACGUCCUUGCCACCGUUACAAGGAUAUUAACGGAAAAACGCUUCGUCGUGCUGGUGGAUAUUGAUGCCGAACCGAGACUGAGUGUCGGAUGCACGAGUCCCCCCCAUCCACACUCACCCCGACCGGUUGCUAUCUUCGCUAGAACCACCGGGCCGCCGAUAUGGGAGCGGGCAAAUUGAUGAGGAUUGGGAUUUGCACAUCGGGCACAGUGAAGCGAUAGGCGGCGGCAUGAGUGUACUACACUUUACAGCACAAACAUACAAACGAACCGACGCGGAAAUAGCACCAACAUCCACGGGCUUCACGUGUGGACCCCGAACGGAUUGGCCCUGAGGAAAGGUUCCGGGUGAAGAGAGAGAGAGAGAGAGAAAAAACACACACAGGAGGACACACACGCACAGUCUCUCCGCACGCUCUCUGUUGCUGCCCACCAGCUGGGCGGUGUGACACGCAACGUCAUAAAAAUUCUAAAUUAUGAUAAACGCUGUUCAUCCAUUGAGGAUAUCGACCAACUUGAAUUGCCUGUUUAGGACGUGGAUUAUUGUGCUGUACUUUUUGCAGGGCUGUCCUCAGCUUAAUACGGGAAUGGCAUCGUUGAUCGACCGCAGCGAUAUGAUACUCAGGACAGCGUUUUUCCUGCUUUCACCCCACACACCGGACAAGAGCGGUGCCGGCGGCAACGCGAACUCACUCGACAAACAAACGUACGGCCACCGGGGUAGCGGCAGUGCCGGCGGCACCGGCGAGGGCACGAAUGCGGGCGAGAGUGGGGAAUCCGCCGGUCCGGGACUAUCGAACUACUUCGAACAGAGCAGCGACAGCGAGGAGUUGCUCAAGUACUACAAAAUGCCGAUGCAGUUCGGGACCGAGAACUACACGCUGGUGACGUCGCAGAUAGGCAGCACGGCGCACGUCCCCUGCCGGAUUCAUCAUAUCGGCGAGGGUGUGGUGUCUUGGAUCCGGCGAAAGGACUAUCAUCUGCUCACCGUUGGCUUGACGACGUACAGCAGCGAUGAAAGAUUUAGUGCUACCCACCUGCAAAAUUCAGAGGACUGGACGCUGCAGAUAAAGUUCGUGCAGGAUCGGGACGCCGGUCUGUACGAAUGUCAGGUGUCAACACACCCACCAACGUCAAUAUUUUUAGAGCUGAAAGUGGUCGAGGCACGGGCGGAAAUAGUUGGACCACAAGUGAAGUAUCUGACACCUGAUUCGACGCUGAAAUUGAUAUGCCGGGUGGUACAGAGCACGGAAGCGUCGGCGUUCAUUUUCUGGUACCACAACAACCGCAUGAUCAACUAUGACCUCGACCGGGGCAUCAACGUUUCCACCGAAGCCGAUUUCCACUACUCGGAACUUACGAUAAGUCAGGCGAGCAAGGAGCAUUCGGGAAAUUACACCUGCGUUCCAAGCAAUUCACAGCCAGCGAGCGUGGUUGUACAUAUAUUCAAAGGUGAUAAUCCGGCCGCUAUGUAUCACGAGCAUCGCAGCUCAUCAACGAUACCGUACCGGGACCGUUUGGAAAUGUUGUGGUUGCUGGCUUUCCUAGCGGUCGUACCACUGUUCGUACGAUGGUGGCGCGAGGCCGACCUAGCCGAGGACGGCACACACGUCCGGGCGGUACGGGCCGGUCGGUGGACGAACAACGCUGUGCGCGAGAACGUUCCUCCUUACUGCGGUGUGACGGCGGAAUGGUAUAAUGUAGCGUCCGACAGCAGAACACACCACGUACCGGUUUACACCGACGUCGACAACCGUCGCCCACAACAAGCGUUGCAUCAAGCGGGGUGUCAUUCGAUCGCAAGUUUCUGAAUCGUCCAAUGGCAUGGAGUUCCACGGCGCUAAAGCUGUACCGCUGCACGUGGGAUGGUUCUGGCAGUGCCGUUAUCUGGGUUGUUACACUGUAAUUUAACGAUAAUGCUUAAUUUACUUGUUUUUUAUAUAUAUUUUAUCAUUAUUUUUAUAUUCUUUUUCAUUGUUCCUUUCGGUGGUGUGGUUUACCUUUCUACAACGUUCAUUUGCCGUUUUGUGUUGGUUUUUCUUUCCUUUUUUUAUUAAUUUGUUUUUCUUUUUUAUUAAAU